AUGAAUAGUGAUCAAAUUGCACUGGUUGGUCAAGUGUUUGAGUCAUAUGUUUCAGAAUACCAUAAGAACGAGAUUCUCCUAAUCCUGAAGGAAGGAGAUGAAGAUGCUCAUUACCCAGUUGUGGUUAAUGCCAUGACCCUUUUUGAGACCAACAUGGAAAUUGGGGAGUAUUUCAAUGCCUUCCCCAAUGAAGUACUAACUGUGUUUGAUAAUUCACUGAGAAGAUCAGCCAUGACAAUUCUCGAGUCCCUUUCUCAGCCCGAGGGUGUCUCCAUGAAGCAGAAUCUUCAUGCCAGGAUAUCAGGUUUGCCAGUUUGUCCUGAGCUGGUGAGGGAGCACAUCCCUAAAACGAAGGAUGUGGGACACUUUUUAUCUGUCACUGGGACAGUGAUUCGAACAAGUCUGGUGAAGAUCCUGGAGUUUGAGCGGGAUUACAUGUGUAACAAAUGCAAGCAUGUAUUCGCGGUCAAGGCUGACUUUGAGCAGUAUUAUACUUUCUGCCGGCCCUCUUCAUGUCCCAGCUUGGAGAGCUGUGAUUCUUCAAAAUUCACUUGUCUCUCAGACUUGUCUUCAUCUCCAACUAAGUGUAGAGAUUAUCAGGAAAUCAAAAUUCAGGAACAGGUUCAGAGGCUAGCUGUUGGAAGUAUUCCACGAUCCAUGAAGGUUAUCCUAGAAGAUGACUUAGUAGACACUUGCAAAUCUGGUGAUGACCUCACUAUUUAUGGGGUGGUAAUGCAACGGUGGAAGCCCUUUCAGCGAGAUGUGCGCUGUGAAGUGGAGAUAGUCCUGAAAGCCAAUUAUGUCCAAGUAAAUAAUGAGCAGUCUGCAGGGAUCGUCAUGGAUGAGGAGGUCUGGAAGGAAUUUGAAGAUUUUUGGGAACACUAUAAGAGUGAUCCCUUUACAGGAAGGAAUGAAAUACUGGCCAGUUUAUGCCCUCAAGUUUUUGGGAUGUAUCUAGUAAAGCUUGCUGUGGCCAUGGUACUGGCUGGUGGGAUUCAAAGGACUGAUGCUACAGGAACACGAGUCAGAGGUGAAUCUCAUCUUUUAUUGGUUGGGGAUCCAGGCACAGGGAAAUCUCAAUUCCUCAAAUAUGCAGCAAAGAUUACACCCAGAUCGGUGCUCACCACAGGAAUUGGAUCUACUAGCGCAGGUCUGACGGUAACUGCUGUAAAAGACUCUGGAGAAUGGAAUUUGGAGGCUGGGGCAUUAGUGCUUGCAGAUGCGGGCCUUUGCUGUAUCGAUGAGUUUAAUAGCCUCAAAGAGCAUGAUAGAACCAGUAUCCACGAAGCAAUGGAGCAACAAACCAUAAGUGUUGCUAAGGCUGGCCUCGUGUGCAAGCUGAACACAAGGACCACCAUCCUGGCAGCAACUAACCCAAAAGGCCAAUACGACCCGCAGGAGUCCGUGUCUGUGAACAUCGCCCUUGGCAGCCCACUCUUAAGCCGAUUUGACUUGAUUCUGGUUUUGCUUGAUACCAAGAAUGAAGACUGGGAUCGUAUAAUUUCCUCUUUUAUCUUAGAAAACAAAGGUUACCCAAGCAAAUCCGAGAAGCUGUGGAGCAUGGAAAAGAUGAAAACCUACUUCAGCCUCAUUAGGACCCUUCAGCCCUCGCUGUCUGACGUGGGCAAUCGGGUCCUCCUCCGGUACUACCAGAUGCAGAGGCAGAGCGACUCCCGGAACGCUGCCCGGACCACCAUCCGCCUGCUGGAGAGCUUGAUACGAUUAGCAGAAGCUCAUGCUCGCCUGAUGUUUCGUGACACAGUGACUCUGGAAGACGCUAUUACAGUGGUGUCAGUCAUGGAGUCCUCAAUGCAGGGAGGCGCACUGCUGGGAGGCGUGAACGCACUCCACACUUCCUUUCCUGACAGCCCUCUGGAGCAGUACCGGAGGCAGUGUGAACUCAUCCUGGAGAAGCUGGAGCUGCACGACCUCCUGAGCCAAGAGCUAAGAAGACUUGAAAGGCUGCAGGAUCAGAGUGUGUCCCAGUCCCAGCUGAGGACAGCGGAGGCGGAGACUACGCCAGGGUCCUGGGGACGCGACCCAGGGGGAGAGCCCACAUUCAGAACGUCAACACAGCAGGAAGCGAAUCAUGGUAUCCCUUCCUCCCCCACUGGAGGCAGUCCCGGGGGAAGCCCACCUCUCGCCACCCCUCCCCACCGGGGGCCUAUCAGGUCAGCACAGAGAGAAGAUCCAGCCCAGCACGACAGCAGAGAUGCCGGUUUGGAUUGGUUCGAUUCCCUGACAACUCAUCAGAUUGAACGGAAAAACACUGUUUCUGUGUCUCCUGGUCCCAGAACAGCUGAGGGGAAAGUGGCUUUGAAAAACUCCAACAGCACAUCUCAGGGCAGGGAAGGGAGUGAGCCAGGCCAAAGGAGCCAAUUGGAAACUGGACUGCGUCCAGCACCGGCGGAGACAGGAGCUCCAUUGAGGCCGGAGAGAGUUGAGGGUGAAAAGGAAAAAAAGGCAGCAGUAGUUUCUGAAACAGCGAGAACUGCUGAGGAGCCGGGCUCCAUGCUGACUCAUCACGUCCCCAGGAAGCUGCACCGGCUGCGCAGGGAGAGGGCCCAGGAGCUGUACAGCCACCCCGCCCGGGCACCUCCACAGACCACAAGCCCUCCUCAUCCUCCCUCCAUCCCUGUACGGGGCCCAGAGAGGAAGCGGCAGAAGGCCCUUUCUCUGGUGAAAGAGCCUGGACCUGAAAGCGUUGAGAGUUCGGGCGCCCCUGUGGCCAGACUAGCAAAAUUUACUUUCAAACGCAAGUCAAAGCUGAUCCACUCCCCUGAGGACCACGGCCAUGUGUCUCCUGGCAGAGCUGACAUAGCGGUUCGGAGUCCGAAAACCUCCCCGCGUGGAUGGAGAGGAGCAGCAGUUCUGUCGGGGAAGCGUCCAGAAAAGUUGGCCUCUGCCUCGGGACGUGGAAGCUCAGCUCUGCUGCAGGAGAGGGCGCCGGGGGUGUCACAGCCGCCAUCAGGGGAAGACGGACCAAGAGCCGAGAGGGCACGUGGCCCUGGAGAGAGAGAGAUGCGGCCUGAAUUUGAGCUCGGGAACCAGACCGGGCAUUUGCAUCUCACUGGUGAGAGAGACAGGAAGGAAGGGCUUCCGUGCAGCAAUAGAAGCAGCAAGGUUCAUGCUUGCACGUUAGCCAAGUUGGCCAACUUCUCCUUCACUUCCUCCCCUGAAUCCAAAUCGACAUCCCUGCCUCCUCCUGAGAGUCAGAACUCGGGCGAGAGAGGCCCAAGCCCACCUCCCUCCACCGUAGCUACAAUGCUUGGCAGGAAAAGGAAAACUUUCCAGUUGGAGGGGUCCCCCGAGAAAGCCAGUCUUUCCAAAAAGUCCCUCUUUACUUUACCAGAACUAGAGGACGAAGCAUUGGAUUUUGAUUGGGAUGAAGAAAUGAGAAAAAAGCCGUAA